AUGACCUUACUGAGAUGGAGUUAUCUCGCUAAUGUACCAUGCGCGACCUUUGACCUCGGGGUCACACGUACAUCGUUUUUGGGGGUGCCACCAAUCGACUACCUACGCCAGGUUACCCUGGACUUGGGAGGUGAAGGAAUACUUGGAUCUGUCAGCGACCGACACAUGAUACGUCGAGCACCUCCAACCCACACUCCUCAAUCUAGGAGCAACGUCAGAUCUUUAAUUAGGAGGUUCAAUGAGGUAUCAGCAUGGGUGACAGAGCUGGUGUUAAACCAGGCUUCCUCUGAAGAGAGGAAAGUGACCCUCGCCUGCAUCCUCAGAGUCGCCUUGACUUGUUGGAAUAUUGGAAACUUUAACGGUGCUAUGGAGAUCGUCGCGGGAUUGAAGUCACACAAACUAAAGUCUUUCUGGCUGAGCAUAUCAGAGGAGCCUUUGCCAACCUUGGACUUCCUGUCAGCUGCUUUACUGUCUGCGGAGUACGAAAGGGCCCUGGGACGAGCGUUGAUGAUGCCAGAAUGCAGACUGAUACCGUUCUUUGGUGCUUUUCUCAGGGAACUCAGAGAGAUCCUAUCAGCCACUCCGCCUUUAACGAGUCACUCUGUCGCCGCUACUCCGACCCACAGAAGAGAUUUCAAACGCGAAUCCACUAAAGAUGAAAGAUCAUCAACAAAAAGGGAUGCGAGGCGGGAUUCAAAACGAGAUCAAUCCAGUCCUUUAAGAGAGAGUUCCAAACGGGAAUCUAGGUUUAGCGAGCCAAGCCGACAAGUGUAUAUAGCUUCAUUUGAUGAAGAGGGGGAGCAGUUCCGACGAGUGGGUCCCGAGGGUCUUGUGAACUUGGAGAAGGUGUAUCGAACCCAGGCAGUCAUGGAUCAUAUAGCCAGCUUCCAUCAACACCGAUAUAGCCUAGCCAGGACCACAGCGCCGCUAUUUGGAGAUUAUUUAAGAACAGCUAUAGCAUCUUGCGAGGAACCGGUGUUCGUCCAACCAGCUCAAAAGACCACGGGCACUGACUUCGAGAACGAGGCUUUAUACGAGCUGGAGGGCGGGGGAUAUACUCCAGUACAACCCUUACCUCAUGAUCAUGGAGUCACCAUGUUCCCUUUAGCGCCACAGAAUGGAGAAAGAAUGGAUAGGCACGUGUUACAGAUAAUGCAGCAUGGUACAGCAUGUGUGGUGGGAGAGGCUGAGUGGAGUGGAGCCCUGGCGCAUCUUCGACUAGAGCGAUCAUGUGCUCUCCUGACUUGGAGCCGAACAGCGCACAGACCUCACUCUUUUCAUGGUGAUGCCGUGUCAGAAAAUGUUCAACAACCAGAAAUUAGUCUCUCAUACAAUCCCGAGGAAGUUAUACCUCUGAAAUAUUUGGGUAACUUGGCUCAUGAAAACGAAGCUGGCGUGGUAGGAGAUGAAGGCUUCGUGGAUCUACAGUGCGUGAAGGAUCUCCGCCUCUGUGGUAAACUGCUCGAGCCACGCGACGUUUCUGAACUGUGCGCAAACGCGCGACGCCACGGUCUGGAGACUGGCCAGAGACCGCAUAUUAUAAGUCUAGUCUAUGGCAAGACUUUAAGCGACAACCGAACCGUGCAUUUUGUUCUGCCGCCUUAUUCAUUUAGGGUCUGGGCCGUAGGACUCCACGCAGUCGUCAAAGCUCUGAUCAGUCAGACGAAACUAGCUGAUAGAAGUCUCGCGUGGUUAAAAAACAAAUACACAGCUCUUUAUUAUGAGGAUGGUUGCUGUUGUGAACCACUUGUCUCUGAUGCUAUACGGGUAUUCGGCGGUCGAGAGUCAGUUGGUGGCAGUUCCUCUCAAUCAACACCUGUCAGAUACGCUGAAUCCCACACAGACUCCAGCAGAAGUAGUGGCAUCAAGUUCAAGAAGAAUAAAUCUACGUCAGAACUUAAAAGUUCCCCAAAAAGCAGCGGAUCACAUCCGUCAGGAACGAGGAGUGAAGAUGAAGUUCAGCCUUCACCAAGACACAGUUCGUACUCAGCUGCUUCAAGCGCACGACACAGCAGUCUCACAGCUAGUUUUAUAUCAAACUCACCCAAUAGAAGCAGUUUAAGAAGACUGGAGACCAGUGAAAGGUUUUGGGAGAAUCUCAAGCAUCUACGGACUGGCUCUGUUGGAUAUGACACACAACUAGACUUCAUGGAUUUUGUUUCUUUAUUUAGAAGUUUUAGCCUAGUGAUGAGAUCCGAGCUCCGGGAGGUGUUCUCACAGCUGGCUGUACCACGAUCUCGUGGCGCACUCCUGGCGGAGAAGAGCAGAAGUUCUCCAGAGCUGUUCAGCAGAGGAGGAGUGAGGAGUGGUUUAUUGACCAGGAACGGAUCUUUGGACCUCGAGCCACCGAGUGAUAAAGUCGGGAGAAAGAAAGCCUUCGAUAUUCUAGCAGCUGCAGCAUUACCAGGGGCCAGUCCAGAUGUGAGUGACAGAGUGUUGACGUUACCCACUUUAGGAAAAUUCUGUGAAACAAGACAAAACGAGCCGAAGACUGAACAAAAAUUAAAAGAUAUUAUUUAUAGACAUGAACCAGACCCUACCUUGCGAUCAGAAAACUGCUUGUCAUUCGAAGGAUUUGUGAGGUUCUUGACGGAUAAAGACAAUUACGCUUUCGUUCCGGAACAAAGGAGGGCCAAUAAUUUGGUUAGCAAAGAAACAGAAGAAGAGACAGAAUCUAAGGAUAUGACGGGUCCACUCAGCGAGUACUACAUUGCAAGCAGUCACAAUACAUACCUCACUGGACAUCAGCUGAAAGGAGAAUCGUCGGUGGAAUUAUACAGUCAGGUAAAUAUAUUUUGGCAAAAUCUUUCUAGUAGCCGUUUCCAGGAAAAUUACAGGAUAUUAAAUAGGAAUUACAUAUUAAAACUUAUAUCCUACACCUAA